UGUGCGUGUGUUUGCUUUCGUUUAUUUGUUUCGUGUUUUGUCGACAAAAUCUAAUAAUACAAAAAAGUUUCAAAAAAAAAAAAAAAAAAAAAAUCUUUGUUAAUUACCGUUACUGGUGGUGAAUGCUUAUAUGGUGAUGAUGAUGAUGGAUAAAAAUGAAAGAAUUUCCGAUCCUGAAUUGAAUACAAAAAAUGUUUCCAAGCAUGAAAAAAUGACAGACGUAGAUUCCGAAAAUGAUAAUGAAAAUGUCGCCGCUGUUGUUGACAAUAAUAAUGGUUAUGAAUCCGAUUUACAUAUAAAUGAUGAAGAUACUAAAAGCAAAAAUUCUGAUGUUGCAAGUUUUGACAGUGAUAAUAGUUCAGUUUUUGUAUAUGAUAUUCAAGAGGAUUACCUGAAAGAAUUUGUUAAAUGUUUAGACAAAAGUGAUGAUGGCCAUGGAUUACAACAACAAGAAGAAAAGAAAUCUGAUAAAAAUAAUUCAGUACAAGAAAAUGUGCCAAAUGUCAAUAAACGACGUCCGGUAAACAAACGUAUGGUAUCAGGCGGCGGUAGUGGCAAUACUGUUCAUAAUCGUGGCUUUCAUCGUAAUAAUAUGGUAACAUAUCAACAGUAUAUUAAAACAGCAGCAACGAACAAUUCUAAAAAUUGUGAUAAUGAUAAUCCAUAUUUAAAUGUUUGGGGACAUCGUACAAACAUUGUCGAUAGGAAUGGCCAUAUUCAUCGUGUGGUUAUGGAAUUGAACAAUUAUUUGGCCGUAUAUAGAGCACGUUAUUUUUAUUAUUUUGAUCUAGUCAAUGGAAAAUAUCCACAAUUUGUUCGCUGUACCGAUGAUAAUAUGGAAAUAUGGCGUAUGAGUUUUAAUAUUUAUGCGACCGGUUUUUCUGAUCUGAUUGCUCAUCUUGGCGAAAUUCAUUCAUUUUAUCAAAUGGAAACCAUUGAUAAUGAAUUAAAAUGGGUAUAUAAAGAUUUUAAUUUCUAUCCAAACAAAAUGCGUUACGGUAUACCUGUCCAUUCAUAUGAUAUUGCCGAUAUUUAUUCACGAUUUGUAAAGUUUGUUUGUCUUAAGGAUAAUAUAGUGAAAAAUUUUCCCAAUGUUAUUGUGAAUCAAAAUUAUUAUGUACAUCGAAAAUUUCAAGAAAAUUUACAAGCAAUGAAAAAUCGUAUAAAUGAAAUAUCAUUAGUUCGAACCGAAGAAGGUGAUAAUAGUGGCGGCUGUAACCAAACGAAAAUCGAUAAGAAAAUUCUGGUGCCCUACAAAGAUGGUCGACAAAGUUUGGAUGAACAACAAACAGCGACAACAACAAUCCAAUGUGAUAGUAUUGUCGGUAAAAAUGAAGCCUAUUCAUUUCAUGAUCGAGCAUUUCGAUAUUGGACAAAAUCUUCAAAUGAAAUGAAUCGUCGUCGUCGUAGUCAUUCUAACAACAUUAUCAACAAACGUUAACAUUUCAAUAUUAUUCAAGUUUAAAGAUAAUAUAUGAAAUGAUUUUUUCAUUA